AUGCCUAAUCCAGUGGUUGUCCAAAGGCCUAGCUCUUUUCCUUUUGAGAGUAUUAAAGCAGUUCCUUGGAAGUAUGAUACGACUGUGGUUAACCAAAGGUCUGAGAAAGUAGGUCAGAAAGAAGGUCUAAAGAUUGCAAGCACUGAUAUAGCAGUGGGAAGCAGAAUGACCCGCAGUGGUCGCAUUUAUACCCCUCAGUUCAACUUGAUUCCGCCAAUUCCACUGAAAGAAACCACCACCAAUGUUACCGACAAAGGCAAAGGGGUGAUCAUAGCUGAUGAAGACACUGAAUUUCUGAGGAUUAUCAAGAACAGUGAUUACAAGAUUAUUGAUCAGCUGCAUCAAACUCCUUCAAAGAUAUCCAUUUUGUCUCUUCUCAUGAGUUCUCCGGCUCAUAGGAGUGCCUUGCAGAAAUUGUUAGCUCAGGCUCAUGUCAUGCACGACAUUACUAUCGAUCAAUUUGAUGGGGUCAUUGCCAACAUUACAGCAUGCAACCAUCUCAGCUUCAGUAGAGAAGAUUUGACGAAGGAUGACCAAGACCAUAAUCGUGCUUUGCACAUAUCUGUGAAAUGCCAAGAAGAUACCAUAGCAAGAGUCCUUAUAGACACUGGCUCCUCUAUGAAUGUUUUACCUAAGAGGACACUCGCUAAGUUGGCAUAUCAAGGGGCUGAGAUAAGGCCAAGCGCAUUAGUUGUCAAGGCAUUUGAUGGAUCGAUGAGGGUCGUCAUAGGAGAAGUGGAGCUGCCAAUCUUAAUUGGUCCACAUGUGUUUAAAAUUACUUUUCAGGUUAUGGUCAUCAACCCAAAUUAUAGUUGUUUGCUUGGAAGGUCAUGGAUUCAUGCUGAUGGGGCCGUGACUUCAACCUUGCACCAAAAAAUGAAAUUUGUUAUUGAUGAUAAGCUAGUGAUUGUGUCAGGUGAGGAAGAUCUUAUGGUAAGCCACCUCUCUUCGUUCAGUUACAUUGAGGUUAAUGAGGAUGCUUUAGAAACUUCUUUCCAAGCUCUUGAAAUAGCCAACAAUGUCCUUAUGGAAGUCGAAGAACCAAAGGGGAAGGGUAUUCCAUCUUUUGCAUCAUGGAAGAAAGCAAGAUCAACCAUUGAGGAAGGGAAUUGCCGAAGGUUGGGGAGAUGUUAUUGA